AUUGAAGAUGAUACAGCAGCUGCAAAUGCAAGGGGAGAGUCAGGGGUAGUGAAUUUACCCCACUAUCUCUUUCUAAUGGCAUUCAACGUAAUUGGUAACCUCAUGCUCUCAAGAGACCUUUUGGAUUCACAGUGCAAAGAAGGGUAUGAAUUUUUUCAAGCCACAGGAAUGGCUGCAAUGUGGGCAGGGACGCCAAAUGUAGCAGAUUUUCUACCAUUCUUGAAAUGGUUUGAUCCACAGGGGUUAAGGAGGAACAUGUCGAGAGAUAUGGCAAGAGCUUUGAAGAUUGUUGAAGGGUUUGUGAAAGAGAGGCUUGAGGAAUACAAAUUAGGGAAUGAGGAGAAGAAUAAUAAGGACUUCCUAGACACUUUGUUGGAAUUUGAAGGUGAUGGUAAAGAUUGGCAUGAGAAGAUCCCAUAUGAAAGAAUCAUUAUAAUCAUAUUGGAAAUGUUUUUUGCUGGGUCAGAGACUACAAGUGCAGCAACAGAAUGGGCUAUGGCAGAGUUACUUCGUAAACCUGAAGCCAUGAGAAAGGUUAAAGAAGAACUCAAUGAGGUUGUUGGAGAGAAUAGAAAUGUUGAAGAGAGUGACAUAGAGAAAUUGCCAUAUUUGCAAGCUGUUGUAAAGGAAGCACUUCGGUUACAUCCCUCAGUUCCUUUACUCGUUCCAAGAAACACAAUGCAAGAUACAAAUUUCAUGGGGUACCAUAUAGCCAAAGAUACUCAAGUUUUUGUGAAUGCUUGA